AUGGCUGCUAUGGUAGCUUCCAGGUGUCAUGCAAAGGCGCGGCGACUCUUAGGAUGCGUUGUAACAGCUGCCAUUGUUGCAGCGCAAGUUGCAGCAGUCUCUUUUGCGCUGGGCGUGAGAAGUGCUUCGUCUAUGACUGUGGCAACGCUGAAGGAGAAGCUCAGAGAGAAAGGUCUUCCAACUUCUGGGCUCAAGGCCGUUCUCGUGAAGAGGCUUCAAGAGGCCGAGUCCGAAGGGUUGAGCGGAGGCUACUCACGUUUGACUGUUGCCCAGCUCAAGGCAAAAUGUUCUGAGCUCGGCCUAAGCAAAUUAGGGCGCAAAGCAGACUUGGUCGCUCGACUGGAAGACGCUGCCUCAGAGGUGAACCCCAAAGACGCAGCAGCGGCUGCUGGGUUCUCUGUCGGUGACAAGGUCAUGGCACUCUUCGAGGAAGAGGAAGAGGAGUAUGAGGCGUUGGUACAAUGCGACAAUGGGGAUGAGACCUACUUAAUCUCAUGGACGGAGGAUGGCUUCGAGCACACCCAGAAGGCUGAGAACAUGAGGCUUCUCAAACGCGCAGAGAGAGACUUUGGCUUCAGUGCAGGCAACAAAGUUGAGGGGCUCUAUCAUGAAGACAACGUAUGGUAUCCAGCCCGAGUAAAAUGUAUCAAUGAAUCCGGUACGUACACGAUUAUUUGGGAGGACGGUGCUGAGUAUGAAAUUGAGGAACAAGACUUGAAGCCCGCUGCUCCGCUGAUUUCCUUGGCAGAUCUUCAGCCUCGACAAAGAUUUUCAGGCAGGGUGGCCAGGACAUUUAGUUUCGGCACCUUUGUGAACAUUGGAGCCGAACGUGACGGUCUCCUGAAACCAUGGUUCACCUACGAGGGCGAAGAGCAUGUCUUCAAAGAAGGAGACAAAGUUCAGGCCUUCUAUGAGGAUGACCAAGACUACUACGAAGCCACCGUUCAGAAGGACCACGGAGAUGGGACAUUUCUAGUUUCGUGGGAUGGAGACGGCGAAGAACAUGUGGCAAAGAGAACCCAACUGAAGCUUCUUCGUUUGGCUGAGCUGGACGAGGGCAGUAAGGCGACCGUAUAUGAUGCUUACCUGCGUCGUUUGUGCUGGUGGAAUGGUGAUUGA